AUGGCCUUGCCCACUACCUUCUUGCCCAGUUCCUCCAUCUCAUUUAGUUUUAGAAAGCACUGCGAACCAGGAGGGCCUCUUUCCUUCCACAGGAUUGGUUACUAUCACACCAACCUCCGAUGCUUGGCCACCCAACGGACGCUUUCCCUCCCUCCCUCCUCUCUCAGAAACUCCACCAAUUACCAGCCUACCUUCUGGACUUAUGACUUCCUCCAAUCCUUGAACAAUGGUUACACGGAUGAGAAGUACGAGACCAGAGCAAGGAAGCUGCUGGAGGAUGUGAGGAGGAUGAUCGUGAAUCCCAAUACUGAGCCAUUGCCAAAGCUCGAGCUCAUUGACGAUGUCCAGCGCUUAGGCCUCGGCUACCGCUUUCACAAUGAGAUCAAACACGCUCUUGAUUGUUAUGUCUCCUGGGAACAAAGCCGUCCUCAAACAAAACAGCACACAAGCCUUCAUGAAGCUGCCUUAAGCUUCAGACUCCUCAGAGACCAUGGCUAUGACGUCUCACCAGACAUAUUUGAGAGUUUCAAGGACCAAAACGGUAAUUUUAAGGCAUGGCUCAGCAGAGAUGUGCGAGGGAUGUUGAGUCUGCACGAGGCAACAUUUCUGGGAUACCAAGGAGAGGACAUUCUGGAGGAGGCCAAGGCCUUCACCACCAUCCAUCUCAGGGACAUGAAGCAACAUAUAAGCAACGAUCAUCUGUUGCAACAAGCGAUCAGUCACGCGCUGGACCUUCCAUUACAUCGCAGAACGGGAAGGUUAGAGGCGAGAUGGUACAUAGAAGCAUAUGGUAAGAGGAAAAACGCAGACACGGUCCUUCUCGAAGCUGCUGUACUGGAUUUUAACAUAGUACAGUCAACAUUUCAAAGGGAUCUGCAGGAAAUGUCAAGGUGGUGGAAGGCGAUGGGACUGGCAUCAAGGUUGAGCUUCAGCAGGGACAGGCUAAUGGAGUGCUUCUUCUGGGCCGUGGGAAUGGAGUCCGAACCUCAACACAGUGAGCUCCGAAAAGCACUAACCAAAGUCACUUGUUUCAUUACCAUAAUCGACGACGUCUAUGAUGUUUAUGGCACUCUGGAUGAACUCGAGCUGUUUACCGCCGCGGUUGAAAGGUGGGAUAUCAACGCGAUACAAGAUCUGCCGGAGUACAUGAAAGUGUGUUUCCUGGCUCUCUACAACACUGUCAAUGAAAUGGCUUACGAGGCACUGAAAGGGCAAGGCCACAAUAUCCUACCCUACCUCACCAAAGCAUGGGCAGACAUGUUGAAAUCAUGGCUUCAAGAAGCCAGGUGGUCUCAUGACAAACACAUACCCUCAUUCGACAGCUACUUCAGGAACGCCUGGGUAUCAGUUUCAGGAGUAGUAAUCCUCUUCCAUGCUUAUUUCUUUCUCAACCACAAUUUCUCAAAGGAGUCACUUCAAUCGUUGGGCCCUCACCAUCCCCUCUUGCGUUGUCCUUCCGUUAUUUUCCGUCUCUGCAACGAUUUGGGCACAUCGAAGGCGGAGUUAGAGAGAGGUGAAUCAAUAAGUUCGAUACUAUGUCACAUGCACCAGAGUGGGGCCACUGAGGAGAAUAGCCAAAAAUACGUGCGCAGAUUGGUGGAUGAGACGUGGAAGGAGAUGAACAAAGGAAGAGGAAUAGAGACCACAUUUUCAAAAGCUUUUGUAGAAACUGCCAUGAACCUUGCAAGAAUUUCCCACUGCACCUACCAGUAUGGUGAUGGCCAUGGAGCUCCAGAUGCUACGUCCAGGAACCGGAUUCGAUCGCUAAUUGUCGAGCCCAUUCAACUAAGAGGCUGAUAAAUGCCUCGGAGUUAAUAGACUUGCAAUUA